UCGAGAGGAAAAUCUCACAAAUGUACAUUAGUUUUCAGCCCCAAAGAGAUGUGAAGUCAAAGAAAAUGGGACAAUUAACAAGGGAAACAAUUUGUUGUAUUUAACUUAAUUGUUUGAAAAUUGUUCACAUUUUAAUUAUUUAAUCUAGAGAGCAAGUUAAUCAUUAAUCAAGAUAUUCAAAUGUUAGGUUACAAUUUAAGGUGAAAAGUGGUAAGGAAAAACAGAGUAUCCAAUGACUACUAAUGUUUAUUUUCCUCGAAGGUUAAUUUUUUUGCUCGGUUCAUUUGCCACUUUCCGUGAUUAAGGUUUAAUUGUGUGUUGACAAUCAAAUGGACAAGUAUAAAAUAAUUGGUAAUAUAAGUGCUGGUGCUCAUGGGAUAGUUUUAAAAGCAAUUAAAUCGUCGCAUGUUGAUUAUGUCCCAAGCGGUGAUCGUGAUGAUAAAUUGUUAGCAAUUAAACGAGUUUUCAUACGGAAAAAAGCAAUGUCUUUAUCGGUGAUCAGGGAAAUUAAAUCAUUACAAUUACUGGAUAAACAUUUACAUAUUACUCCAUUGGUUGAUGUUUUUGUUCAAGGCUCAUCGAUUAAUAUGGUUUUCCCUUUGUAUCCAGUUAAUUUAACUACACUGAUUUACGAAUACAAUUUAACUAAUAUUCAACGAUCAAUUUACACUUACAUGAUACUUGAUGGUUUAUCUUAUUGUCAUUCACAAUCAAUUAUUCACCGAGACCUGAAACCAAGUAAUUUACUGAUUGAUUGGUCAGGGAUACUUAAAUUGGCCGAUUUUGGUCAAGCUCGACUUUUACCACAAUCAGCUAAUUGUGAUCAACAGUUAACUCCAGCUAAAGGUUUUAAUCUUAAUCAUGAUGAUCAGUUAACUUACUACUCAUCAUCAUCAACUUCAUCCAAUCAACAAUCAACCAAUUGUUUAUUAUCUCAUCAAGUUUGUACUCGUUGGUAUCGUCCACCUGAACUAUUGUAUGGGUCAAAUGAUUACGAUUGGUCAAUUGACCUGUGGUCAGUUGGUUGUAUUGUCAGUGAGAUGAACUCUAAAUGGCCUCUAUUCAAAGGUGAAUCUGAUAUUGAGCAAUUAUGUUUGGUUGUUAAAUCGUUGGGUCAACCACCAAUUGAUUGGGCAAGUAAAAUGCCUGAUUACAAUAAAGUAAUUAUCGUUUUUGAUCAAAAUGCAAACCAAUUAACUUGGUAUGAAAAGUUGUAUUCAUCUUGUCAGGAUCCAUUAGCUGUUGAUUUUAUCAGACAAUUAAUUAAAUAUCAACAUCGACCCACAGCUAAUCAAAUGAUGGAUCACUCGUAUGUAUCAUCGGCAGUUUGUAUGAUCAAUGAGAAAGGCUCGUUUGAUGAACGAUUUUUAACUAGACCCCAAUCAAUACGACAAUUAGUUGGUCCGCCAAAUCAAAACAAGUCUAACAAUUAACAAGAUGGUUCUGUAAAUCCAAUUCGAAAGAUCAAAUCAAAGGAUGAAGACCAUUUAGAUAGGAAUUUCGUCGAAAUGUAAAAUAGAAUUAAAUCAUUUUUCUGGUGUAUUUUUUGUGCAUUUUUUUCUCAGAUCAACAAAGAAAAGAAAGAAAUUUAAAGUCGAAAUCGUAGAUCAUUUUCCAGGUUAUUUGUGAGUUUUCUUUCGAAAGAUCAUUUCAUGAAGUUCACCAGCACCGUAAAUGUCAGUGAUAAGCACCAGUGUCACUUUAUGAACGAAAACAUCCCAAAGUCGAACUAAUUUCGAGUGGAAAAAUUCUCGAUCCAUGAAAGGUUUCGCAUAAUUAUUACCGCUCGCUCUUUCCACAUCGUGAUAGGUUACACCUUGAGUUCCAAGCUAAUCAUCUUCGAUCGUUAAAUUGGCUCAACAAGAAGCUUAAGCAACAACGUUUGUCGCGGUCACUUAAUAGAGACCAGCGUCUCUCGAGAUUGUUGAAUUUUGAUCGGUUCUCGGACUCUUUCCAUAAGAUUUUAGUUCAAUCUGAACCAUUUAACUGUCGGCAUUGGGAUUCCUGUGGCUUUACACUCCAUUCGUGUGGACUUUUAAGCCAUUCCCGUUGUUUUCUUGAGUCAAAAUAUAAAAGAUGGAGGUUCUAAGGAAAUGAGAGACAAGGAAAAGAAAUUCUCGCAUUUCGAAAAAUAAUCUUCAUUUAUCAAUCGAAAACUAUGAUUUAGAUUGAUAUCCUUCGCCUGAUUAUAGUAAUUAAAUAUUCUUCCAUGUCUAACCAUCCUCGUUAGUUGCAUGACAAGAAUAAGUAACGACAUCGUUUUUGGCCAUUCGAUUGAUGAAUUAGACAAACUUAUCCGUUCUUGUCCUUCAUGUCAUCUUAAUUAUCAGUUCCAAUUUGUAUCUAAUAGCAAUCGAAAAAAAAUAUUAAAGCUUCUUCAAUUUCUGAUCAAUCUCACGGGCUCAUCUUCGGCUACAGGGUGACUUGGGUGUCCUCUGUUCCAGAUAACAUGAUGGAACAAAACCUUCUGCGGAGAUACGAUUCUGUUUACAUGGGCGAGUUUGAACUUUCCAUCUGAGGAAGAAGAAGAAGAAGAUGAAAGCAAUCAUAUUAAUUGUCUAGAUAUCAAGAUACAGUAGAUGCUUUGGAAGUAAUAAUUGAUAAUAAAUGUUUGGUUUUUCGAUAUCAAGUUUACGAAAUGGUCAAACUUUCUCUAACCAAAGGCGUUUGUCCAGUUUUGAGGUUCUCUAGCAAAGAGAAAAGUAAAUGCUCUCUGUAGAUUUAAAAUCUUUGGGUCAACUUUCUAGACGAUUUGUUAUCAUCUCCCGGGUUCUAAUGUCAACCCUGUGAGAAGAUAAAAGUAGGUGGUCUUGUGAUUACCAAGGUGGCCAAAGGUCAAGCUUUAUUCGUUGACCAGUAAGUUUAUUCUAAAUUGGAAUUGGGAUAAGUUUGCCUUCGGGCUUUUGGCAUCCAUAUUUUGGGUCGAAGCUAUUUAAGGUCAGUCUGUUCUCAAGUGACAUUCAUUUUAUAUUCGCACUUGAUACUUAUUAUUUAAAGUGAAAGUUUUCUCUAUUUUAACCGAGUGUUUUCAUCGUUUCAUUCAUCCAACACCAUGCGAAUCUUAAUAUCAGUGAUUUUGUGCUUUGUUUGUCAACUUCCGGGCUCAGAUCAAUCUUUAAUGGACACGCUUAUGACACCCAUAACCUGGAUGAUGCAAGCAGCAACUCCAACGCCAACAGAUCUAACGACUGUCAAGUCGAUAUCUGAGGCUCUUGUUGAUGAGAUUGAUUCGAUACCUGGAACUCAGUCCUCGGAGGCUCUUUUGCCGACCACUAUGCUCCCACCAACUAUUUCACCGAUAGAAACAACGUCUCCUUACCCAAUAACAUCAUCAUCUUUACCGACAAAAUUGGUGUCUUUGGCAUCUUCACCUCCAACUACAACCAAAUUACCGACAACAACAACGACAACAACAACGACAACGACAACGACAACGACAACAACACCAUCGACACCAAUUCUCAUAAAUCAUGAUCCAGGUUUGAAUUUGGUAAAAAUGUUGGCGAAUUUAACAUCUACCAGCCUUGUUACUCGAACAGGUCGUCAAGAGGGAUAUGAUGAGGAGGACGAACCGCAGCCAGUUUACAAUCCAGCAGAUUCUGACCAAGAGACAGAAAAGGAUGAAUAUCGACCUCACUUUCAAUUUCAUUCAGAGUUAGCAAAAGCUUUAGGUGUUCUUCAUGACAAUCGAAAAGUUGUUCCAAACCGAUUGUAGAAAAUGAUAUUAUUUCUUUAAAUUCGAAAUCAAAUUGAAUUUGUAUAAACCCUAACGAACUCCUAACAAAAAAAUCGAUAAUUAUUCUUUACCAAUAAAUUCCUUUCACUUAAGAAAUAUAACUUGAUAUUCA